AUGGUGAGCAAGGGGCCGCUGCUGCGCCUGUUGACCGCCAUCAACCGGAGGAGGAUGAAGCUGCUCGUGGGGCUCGCCUUCGUCGCCUAUGUCGCCUCUGUAUGGGGAAACUUUGUCAAUAUGUCUUUUCUUGCCAACAGGUCUCUUCAGGAAAAUGGGGAUCAGAAGGUGGAAAGUAAAAUAGAGGAGGCUGUUGCACCUCUAAGGGAGAAAAUCAAAGAUCUAGAAAAAAGUUUCACCCAGAAAUACCCACCAGUGAAAUUUUUAUCAGAAAAGGAUCGUAAAAGAAUCCUGAUAACUGGAGGAGCAGGGUUUGUGGGUUCUCAUCUUACUGACAAACUAAUGAUGGAUGGCCAUGAGGUUACAGUUGUGGACAACUUCUUUACGGGCAGGAAAAGAAAUGUGGAGCACUGGAUUGGUCAUGAGAACUUCGAACUGAUAAAUCAUGAUGUCGUUGAGCCCCUGUACAUUGAAGUGGACCAGAUCUAUCACCUAGCAUCUCCUGCUUCUCCUCCAAAUUACAUGUAUAAUCCUAUAAAAACAUUAAAGACCAACACUAUUGGGACAUUAAACAUGCUUGGGCUAGCCAAACGUGUUGGAGCACGGCUGCUGCUGGCCUCCACAUCAGAGGUAUAUGGAGAUCCUGAAGUUCACCCUCAAAAUGAGGAUUACUGGGGCCAUGUGAAUCCAAUAGGUCCAAGAGCCUGCUAUGAUGAAGGAAAGCGGGUUGCAGAGACUAUGUGCUAUGCAUACAUGAAGCAGGAAGGAGUUGAAGUGAGGGUUGCCAGAAUAUUCAAUACCUUUGGUCCUCGAAUGCAUAUGAAUGAUGGUAGAGUUGUUAGUAAUUUUAUUCUACAAGCCCUCCAGGGAGAACCACUAACAGUCUAUGGACCUGGAACUCAGACAAGAGCUUUCCAGUAUGUCAGUGAUCUAGUGAAUGGGUUGGUGGCAUUGAUGAACAGCAAUGUCAGCAGUCCUGUUAACUUGGGAAACCCAGAAGAGCACACUAUCCUAGAAUUUGCCCAGUUAAUUAAAAAACUUGUUGGCAGUGGGAGUGAAAUCCAGUUUCUCUCAGAAGCACAGGAUGACCCUCAGAAACGAAAACCUGACAUCAGAAAAGCCAAGUUAUUGCUUGGCUGGGAACCUGUGGUGCCAUUGGAAGAAGGUUUGAAUAAAGCAAUUCAUUACUUCCGUAAAGAACUUGAGUAUCAGGCGAAUAAUCAGUAUAUUCCCAAACCAAAACCCGCAAGGAUGAAAAAAGGAAGAACAAGACAUAACUGAAGACUAUUAGUUGGACAGGAAAUUCCCUGCUUGACAUUUGACGGAUGUAAUUUUUUUUCUUCUUGUUUUUUUUUUGAGAGAGACUUUGAAACAGGUAUCAUGAAGAACAAACUGGAAUUUCAUUCUGAAGCUUGCUUUAAAGAAGUGGAUGUGCCUAAAAAUAACAAACAAAUAUUCCCCUUCCCCUGCAAAUCUUGCCUUGCACUUUUUAAAUCUGUCUUUUUAUGUAAAAUAGAGUAGAAGCAUCUUUUAGUAUCUUCAAGUUUUAUAUCUUGCUGUGAGAUCAUUUUGUUGUGACUGUCCUUGACAGUUUUAUUUACUGGUUUCUUUGUGAAGCUGAAGAUAAACACAAAUGGGAUGGAAAAUGCCAAUUUAUUUAUAAAAUGGGUACUAUAAAAUAUGAGAUGUUCUACUAUGCAUAAGAAAAAAGCUAGUGGUAUUGUCAGGUGAGAGACACUGACAUCUAAGUAUAGAGGAGUUUAAAAGAAUUCUGUAUGAAAGCUUUAUGUAUUCUUUAAGGGAGAGAUUUUUUCAAAGCUUUAGUUUUAGUUGUACACUUGAAUUUGAGAUAUUUUCAUUGAUUACCAUGGAUAAGGAUAUUUUGAAUCACUACUGUGUUGUGCGUACUCUGGGA